AAGGAAGAGGGAAGAAGGCCAAGGGACACGGCAGCGAGAAAGAAGGAACAAGGCUCAAACAGACAGUGGGAAUGAAGCAAGAAGGUGGACGCGAGCCGAGACGAAAAAUGGAAUGAACUGCUGGUAGAGAACGUCAACUCCGACCCGGCACCCGUAAGGGGAAAGGGCACGAGGCACCCAAAUCAACACGCAGAGAAGGAGAAGAAAUCUGCGUCAAAAGAGGAAAGGAAAAAGUAAAAUCAGUCGGAAGGGGAAAACCUUACACUGAAAGAAGGGAAAGAGAAAAACGGGAAAGCAAGAGAAGGCCAGCGAUCUGGAGCUGACCAGCAGACAAGGCAGAGAGGGCCAAGAAGGGGAUUGGAGGCCGCCUCUCGGCACCAUGGCCCAAGGAGGAUACUAUGAGAGCGAACGGCACUACCAAGAAAUGUCCUCUGCGAGGCCCGCGGGCACCGACCUGGCCCCCUUCUGCGAGUCAGACCUGGAUGCCUGCAUGGGGGAUGAGCAGCUGCUCUCUGAGGUGCUCCAGGGGGUCCAGCAACGAAUGCCCAAAGGUAUCCCGUUCCCCAACUACUUCCCUGGGGAACCGUACCCUUUCCUGUCCUACGGAGGGGAACGCAAACCUCUCGGGGCCUUCGACUCCCGCUGCAUCAAAGAGGAGCCGCGAGGAGGCGACCCCGGGCGGGCAGGUGGACGCCACCCGUACAACGCCCCGCACUUUCCGGCCCCCCACAUGUCCCUGAGCCCACCUGGGCUGCGUUCCGGGCAAGCGCUGAGAGUGUUGAAGGGCCCUUCCUGCAACCCGGCGCCAUCCUGCGGUGCCCCCAAGGGCAAGAAAUCCGUGAACAAGGACAGCAUGGAGUACCGCCUGCGCCGGGAGCGCAACAACAUCGCGGUGCGCAAGAGCCGCGACAAGGCCAAGCGCAGGGUGCUGGAGACCCAGCAGCGGAUGGUGGAGCUGCUGGGCGAAAACGAACGGCUCCGUAGCCGCGUGGAGCAGCUGAUGCAGGAGACAGAGACCCUGCGUGACAUUUUCCGCCAGGUGCCCGAGGCGGCAGGCCUCAUCAAAGGGUUGGGGGGCUGCAGCUGA